CCCAAAAACUGUUCGCAAACGCGCUAGAAAAUUAACAUUCAGUCUUUGAGUUAAAAUGCUGAACUUUAAAAGGUUCAUGCUGAGUCAUGGAAAAGAUUCGAGAGCGGUUUAAACAGAGCAAGUCUUCAAAUGAAUCAGUGAGGCUGCGGAAGAGGAGCUCAAUUCUGUACAGCACUGAUGACAGAAAACUGCAAACACUCAAAAUCUUUGGCAUCAACAUCACCGUUUUCAUCGUCCUCGUCCGCCUGCUCAACUGUGUUCUGGUUCAGACCAGCUUUGUCCCGGAUGAGUUCUGGCAGUCGCUGGAAAUCUCCCAUCGAAUGGUCUUCGGUUAUGGCUACGAGACCUGGGAGUGGAAGGAAGGCAUUCGGGGAUAUUCGUAUCCUCUUCUGUUCGCUCUGAUGUAUAAACUCCUGCAGCUCAGCAGUUAUGACACCGUUUAUUUGUUGGUGUUUGUGCCGCGUGUUUUCCAGGCGCUUCUGGCUGCAUAUGCUGAUGUGAAACUGUAUAAACUCAUCCUCCAGUGGGAAACGCCAGACGUGGCCAAAUGGACAUGUUUCUGUCAGCUGUGUUCGUGGUUCACCUGGUUUUGCUGCAGUCGGACGCUGACAAACACUACAGAGACAGCUCUGACCACACUGGCGCUGUGCUUUUAUCCUUUACCUGGAUCCAAAGCACACAGCAGCUGGAAGUAUUUGACUCUGGUUUCUUUGGCUGUGGUCAUUCGUCCCACGGCUCUGAUCGUCUGGUUUCCUCUGAUCUUCUAUCAUUUCUGUACAGAUCAGGACAAACUGAAGCUCAUCACACACAGAUACUUUCCUAUUGGGGCUCUUGCACUGGGCGUCUCCACACUGAUAGACUCUUUUUUCUAUGGAAAGUGGAUCUUCGUGCAGUGGAACUUCCUAAAGUUUAACGUUCUGCACAAUGUGGGUGAGUUUUACGGCUCUCACCCAUGGCACUGGUACUGGACUCAGGGUCUGCCGGUGGUCAUCGGCCCACACCUCCCGCUCGUCCUGCACGGAUGCUUACUGUCCACCAGAAAACACACCAUCCUACUGCUCACCAUCAUCUGGACCACUGCCGUAUACAGUUUGCUUGCACACAAGGAGUUCCGGUUCAUUUAUCCUGUGUUGCCGUUCUGUGUGAUAUUUUGCGGUCUUUCAUUAGCGAAGCUGCAGGCGUGGAGGAAAGCUGCUGCUGGUGCCCUGCUGCUCUUCAAUCUGUGUCCUGCUUUAUAUACGGGUUUAGUUCACCAGCGUGGAGCUCUGGAUGUCAUGCAUGUCCUGCAGCCGCUGUGUGUUGCUAGUCAAUCUCCAAACCCACCUGAGCUGCUGUUCCUCAUGCCCUGCCACUCCACACCUCUCUACAGUCACCUCCACUGUCCUCUAAAGCUGCGCUUCCUGGAGUGUCCACCGGAUCUGACUGGACGGCAGGAUUAUAUGGAUGAAGCUGAAGUUUUCUUCUCAGAUCCGCUUCACUGGCUCAACACAUCCUUCCCUUUGCGGUCCACACUGCCUUCACAUUUAGUGCUGUUUGACUCCCUGCAGAAGGAGAUUUCUUCAUUCCUGGAGGAAAACAGCUUUGCCAAACAAGCUGAAAUAUUCCACACUCACUUUCCUGAGGGGCGAGUGGGAAAGAAUAUAUUAAUAUACAGCAGAAGAUCUGAAAUGAAGAUUAAUGAUGGUUUCAUCCUUUAAAGAUGUACUGUAUUAAUAAUGCUUUGAGUUUCUGUCUCGUUUUUAGUCUAAAUAUCCUUAAAUCAAGACGCAUUUUCUAGACAUGUGCAAACUAUUGUUUUGUUUUCAUAAAUAAUAUGUGGAAAUAAAGAUUUUCUUUAAAACAA